AUAGAUAGAUAUACAGCCACAAACACAUACUCAAUCAUCCAUCACUACUACAACACAAGAAAUUUCUCUCUUUAAAGAAUAUUUGAUCUUCUUCCUAUCUAGAAAAUGGCUCACUCAAAGCCUCUUCUUCUUCUUGGCCUUGGCUUCACUAUUCUUCUGAUCAUCUCCUUUCAAGUACUCUCAUCAUCGGCUGCUGAGUUGGCUAAUCAUGAGAAUGCUACAACCAAGGAGGGUGAUAAAGCAUAUGCAAAUGGAAAUGGAUAUGGCAAUGGAAAUGGAAACGGGUAUGGCAAUGGAAACGGAAAUGGAAAUGGAUAUGGCAAUGGAAAUGGAAACGGGUAUGGCAAUGGAAACGGAAAUGGAAAUGGAUAUGGCAAUGGAAAUGGACAACGUGAGGCAGGACACAAGCUAAACUACGGAUAUGGAAAUGGAAAUGGAAAUGGAAAUGGGAAUGGAUAUGGAAAUGGAAAUGGAAAUGGUUAUGGAAAUGGAAAUGGAAAUGGAAAUGGAAAUGGUAAUGGUUAUGGGAAUGGAAAUGGAAAUGGAAUUGGUAAUGGUUAUGGGAAUGGAAAUGGAAAUGGAAAUGGGAAUGGACAAUACCAAGCAGCUGCACACAGGCUAAACCAAGGGUAUGGAAAUGGGAAUGGAAAUUAUGGAUAUGGGAAUGGUAAUGGUUAUGGAAAUGGGAAUGGUAACGGAUAUGGAAAUGGAAAUGGAAAUGGAAAUGGUAACGGGUAUGGAAAUGGUAAUGGAGGAAAUGGAAAUUACGAAGCAGGACAUAAGCUAGACCACGGCCACGGCCACAAGAACAAUGCCAAACGUGGUGGAGGCAAUCCAGGGAGUGGUUAUGAAGCUGAGACUGCAAAUGGUAAGAACUAAGAGCAUGCAAUUUGCCUAUGGACCGGCAUUCUCAUUCCUAUUAUAUGGAAUAGAUGUUUCACCUUGUUUUCAAUAAAAAGUUGUUUCGUUUGAGACUAGUUC